GGCCCUGUUGUUGGAGGGUGAGCGAGGCGAUUCCAGUGCCUAGGCCAGCAAAACCUAGAAGAGAAGCAAUGGUAACAGCAGUAAUAAUUUCUCGUUUUUCUCUGUGCGCAGUUGGGAGCUGUGCAUCCCAAUAGUGAUAGAGGUCCUCUUUAGGACGGAGAAGGAUAUGGGGCAACACAGUUACCAAGACGCACAUUUCCUUUGUUUCAGUGAGGGCUCUUGCUGAUAUGCAAGGAGUAAGCCCCGUGGAAGAGCACAGCCAUUUUGCCCCUGUUGGGGGAAUAUAGAAUUUACCUUGCGAUGGAAAGGACGACUGUGCACAGACGUUUCUUAAGGGGGCAGAAAUGUUACCAAUGCAAUGCCCAGAGUGAAGAACGGACCGCAUGGAUCAAUUCGACAGUUUAGACAAGCAUACACAAUGGGGAAUUGACUUCUUGGAAAGAUAUGCCAAAUUUGUUAAAGAGAGAAUAGAAAUUGAACAAAACUAUGCAAAACAAUUGAGAAACCUGGUCAAGAAGUACUGUCCAAAACGGUCAUCCAAAGAUGAAGAGCCAAGGUUUACCUCAUGUAUAGCCUUUUUUAACAUCCUUAAUGAGUUAAAUGACUAUGCAGGACAGCGAGAAGUAGUAGCAGAAGAAAUGGCGCACAGAGUGUAUGGCGAGUUAAUGAGAUAUGCUCAUGAUCUGAAAACUGAAAGAAAAAUGCAUCUCCAGGAAGGACGAAAAGCUCAACAAUACCUUGACAUGUGCUGGAAACAGAUGGAUAAUAGUAAAAAGAAAUUUGAAAGAGAAUGUAGAGAGGCAGAAAAAGCACAACAGAGUUACGAAAGAUUGGAUAAUGAUACUAAUGCAACCAAGGCAGAUGUUGAAAAGGCCAAACAGCAGUUGAAUCUGCGUACGCACAUGGCUGAUGAGAAUAAAAAUGAAUAUGCUGCACAGUUACAAAACUUUAAUGGAGAACAACACAAACAUUUCUAUGUAGUGAUUCCUCAGAUUUACAAGCAACUACAGGAAAUGGAUGAACGAAGGACUAUCAAACUCAGUGAGUGUUACAGAGGAUUUGCAGACUCAGAACGCAAAGUUAUCCCUAUCAUUUCAAAAUGCUUGGAAGGAAUGAUUCUUGCAGCAAAAUCAGUGGAUGAAAGAAGAGACUCUCAAAUGGUGGUAGACUCCUUCAAGUCUGGAUUUGAACCUCCAGGAGACUUUCCAUUUGAAGAUUACAGUCAGCAUAUAUAUAGAACCAUUUCUGAUGGGACUAUCAGUGCAUCCAAACAGGAGAGUGGGAAGAUGGAUGCCAAAACCACAGUAGGAAAGGCCAAGGGGAAGUUGUGGCUCUUUGGAAAGAAGCCAAAGCCACAGUCCCCACCCUUAACCCCUACUAGUUUAUUCACAUCCAGUACUCCUAAUGGGUCCCAGUUUCUCACAUUCUCCAUUGAGCCCGUGCAUUAUUGUAUGAAUGAAAUAAAAACAGGGAAGCCCAGAAUUCCUUCUUUCAGAAGCCUCAAAAGAGGGUGGUCGGUGAAGAUGGGCCCGGCUCUAGAAGAUUUCAGUCAUCUGCCACCAGAACAGAGACGCAAAAAACUACAGCAGCGCAUUGAUGAGCUUAACAGAGAACUACAAAAAGAAUCAGAUCAGAAAGAUGCACUCAACAAAAUGAAAGAUGUGUAUGAAAAAAAUCCACAAAUGGGGGAUCCAGGGAGUUUGCAGCCGAAAUUAGCAGAGACCAUGAAUAACAUUGACCGACUGCGAAUGGAAAUCCACAAGAAUGAGGCUUGGCUCUCUGAAGUUGAAGGUAAAACAGGUGGGAGAGGAGACAGAAGACAUAGCAGUGACAUAAAUCAUCUUGUAACUCAGGGACGAGAAAGUCCUGAGGGAAGUUACACUGAUGAUGCAAACCAGGAAGUCCGAGGACCACCCCAACAACACAGUCACCACAAUGAGUUUGAUGAUGAAUUUGAAGAUGAUGAUCCCUUGCCUGCUAUUGGGCAUUGCAAAGCUAUCUACCCUUUUGAUGGACAUAAUGAAGGUACUCUGGCAAUGAAAGAAGGUGAAGUUCUAUACAUUAUUGAGGAGGACAAAGGUGAUGGAUGGACAAGAGCUCGGAGACAGAAUGGCGAAGAAGGCUACGUUCCCACAUCAUACAUAGAUGUAACUCUAGAGAAAAACAGUAAAGGUGCAGUAACUUAUAUCUAAACUAACCAGGCAGCUUUGUGCUGUGUGUGAUAUAGGAAGGAUAACAUAAAAUGAAAACACAUCCAACAUGUUGGAAAAAAAUAAGAAAGCUCAAAGGACAUCCAAGGUGUAUUGUUCACUAUGUGAGCAGAGUGUAGAUUUGCUCUUAGAGAUACGAAUAUUACCACAAGAAAAUGUUCUCAUGAUGCUUGACCGUUUGAGUGAUGUUGGUGUGAAGCUUAAUUGAUGCCUAUUGCUCUAUGUCCUGCUUAAGUCUGUGUGAAGGAUUUGUGUUUCUCUGCCUUAUAAAUCAUAGAAUUUGAUCUAUUGGGUAGGAAUACAUAGAAAGCCUUUUUCAACCUUUGCUUCAAAAAACAUGGUAACUGUAGUGAAUUAAAAUUUGUGAAACUGCUCUGAAAUGCUAUAGAAGACUGACUCCCAAAAGAGUGGUUUGUUCUAGGAGUUCGAAUUUGUAGCUUCAGUUUCCAGGAAUAAAAUUAAUUGCUGUCUGAUUGGGUAAAAUAAUAAUAAUAUAAUUUCCAUUUGCCUUCCAAUCUUUAACUUUGGUGUUCUAAAGGAAGAGAACAAACAUCUAGCACAUAAACUAUUUAAGUAGUAGACUAAUCAAGAGACCUGCAACAUAAAUUGACUUGGUCUAGCUCUUAUAUAAAUAAAGCAGCUUUCUUUUGAAACCUGAAAAUAUUUUCAGGCUUGCUAGUAAUUUUCAAUAGCGUACAAGCUUCCUUCCAAAUUAAUCUUAUGUUUCUAUGUUUCAUCUUGAAAAUGUCUUUUGGGAAAUAAUCACUUUAGUGCUAAUUAACAUUUAGCAGUUGUGCAUAAUAAAAUAGAUUGUAAAUCGACUAAGAGGAACUCUUGAAUGGAGGGAAGGUACUGGCGAAUGUUUGUUUUUUAAAGGUAAACAACUUUUUUGACAAACUGGAUUGGGGAAGAUAUCUGUGCCACUAUUUUAGGACAUUUUCACAUUUUAGCCGAAUCAUCAAUUAUUAGGAUAGGUUAUUUUUUACUAAUUAAUUUCAACAAGAAUUUGUUGGAAAUACUGUACAAUCAAUUCCACUAGCUUUCCACAAGGAUUGUGCAGUGCUAAUUGUGUGGUCACUUCCUAAGUUAGUUGUGUGGAGAAAUAAAAAGGAAAUAAAGCGAGGAAGCAAUUAAGAGACUGUUCUUAAAUUUUGCUCAUAUUCCAAAUUUUUUUCUGGUGUUUUCAGUAGCUGACUAGAAAAUGAGUAGAGACUGGGACAGACGCUUUAAACUGAAACACCUGUUUUGGUCUUACCGAAGGUCUUCAGUAAUUGUUCUUUUCUUUUUCCUCCUGGACUGCAGGUUCCUGAAGAGGGUUUCUGAGGAAAUGGGCAAGAUGUUGAAGGAGGUUACAUGCAGCUGCUUUUGGGGGGAGGGUUUUAGAGUUGUCAGGCUCAAAGAGACAGUGAGAGAAGCAAGUUGCAUGAGUGCAUGCAGACAUGAUUAUUUUUACUAACUUCAUUAGCAUUUUCAUACAUCAUUUAAGAAAAUAUUUGUAAUACCAAUCCUUAAAUUCCUAGUUCACAGUUAUUCACACAAAAGAGAAGCCAACAAUGGCUGACCUUCGUUUAUGUUACUGAUGUCCAACUUAGAAAAAAAAUGCAGAGCUGUUGUUAAAUUUGUCUUACAUGUGGCUGUCCCAACAGGACUGGCUCUAUCCCAGCUCUGUGCUAAUUGGCUUUUAGACCAUUCAUUGUCUGUUAAAAUCCUUGCCAUUUGUCAGUGUCUGAGUGUGCCACCUCUGUGUUUGCUUAACAGCCUCUGUUGCAUGUCUAGAGUGAUCGGACUAGAAUUUUUCAGGCAUGUCUUUAUAAUCCCUUGUUCUUGUCAAUGCCUUUGUUUUGUUUUACAUAUUUAGUGCAAAUCACUUUGUCAAACAUCUCCAGCACUAAUGUUUCCAUCCUAGUAUUUGUGUAUGCUGCUAUAUAACUUCCCCACUGCAAAAAUUCCAGUUUUGGCAUUAUGAAGAAGUAGUCUGUGAACCUGAAGUAUUUAUCAUAAGAAAAAGAAAACAUCUCUGCUCUAGCCUACAGCCCAGUUGAAGGAACUCUUUGAAACAUGAUACAUCUUCAGCACCUCAGUCUGGGAAGAAUCUAUAGUCAGCACUGAAAUCCUGGCAUCAUAGACACGGAAGAUACCACCUCAAGACAAAGAACUGUUUUCAAAAGUCAGCUGCUUCCAUUCUAAUGCUGCCUUAAACUAGAGUGCCUAAAUCUGUUGAUUGCCAACACUACCACUACAGUAUCCCACAAAGGGCUUUGUGUGUCAGCUCAGUGCGACCUCCUUUAACUCUGCAGUACUGCUGCAGCUGCCGAUGUAGCCUUGGUAGGUGGCUGUUAGAGCUCUACCAUGUAUAAUGGUGCAUCUUCCAAUUUAUGCAUCAAGCUAAAGACCUGUCCGAGUCUGUUUUACUUUACUCAGUGUUUUUAAGAGAAAUUUUAUGGACCCCCUCAUUGUCUUUUAAUUUGGGGUUAUGAAGUUCUCAUUUGAUUAUUACCUUGGUAGUUUGUGUCCAAGUGAUGCUUUUGUUUGAACCAGAUAAAAUUUAGUGAAACUUUGUAAUUAUCUACGUGCACUUUUACUUGUAAAAUGGAAAUUUCUGUAUGUUUAUUUGUAAAUAUAAUUGUCCCUAGUGCCCCUAUUGCUCAUGUUGUCCUGCCUCGCACCUGUGAUUCUGUUAAUGACUUGUAUCUUAACUGAUUUCUUAGUGAUAUUGUAAUAGGGAGAUGGGUGGGGGCGGGAGGUAUUUGUACCAUUGAACCUUCAUUAAUUUGGUUCUUUAUUGUUUUGAGGGGAGAAAGGGAAUGUGAAUUGGUCUGUGUAUUCUUGGAUUUUAAGCAAUAUUUUAGAAGCUGUGGGACUGCUUUAAUAACUUUUUCCCAAUGUUAUUUGAAUCACACUACCAGUUACACUAAAACCAAAUGACAACUGUGUGAAUGUUAAUGCCUUCAUAAGAUCAAGUACACCACUAUUAGACAGCUAACAUAUAGUGUAUUACCUUUGAGGCUAGUAGACUAUAAAGUUUAGGUUUUGAAUCUCUUAACAGGGUUAUUUAUGUAAUGUGACAUUAUUCAGUAAUGACAGACUACAUGAAGUAGUUUUAAAAUCCAGUGCUAUUUUUAUUUUAAAGAUUAGCAGUGAGGAGGAAGUGUGAUCUGGCUGUUUGUCUUCUGUAUAAAGCCUGAAGUGCGUGUGUUUUUUUGGCUAACAGCCACAGAGGGCAAAGUUUAAGGCUUUCUUGUAAGGACUAACUGUUCUUUUCAAGCAGCUGUUUGUUUUGAUAAAAGCAGGAUUUGUUUCCGUAGGAGGCAAGUUCCUUUGUGUGGAAUAGUGCAACCUGUAUUUGAGUUAUUACAAUAGAAAAGACAGUUUUACUUGCAUAGUUUAAAUUAUUCUUAAAUCACUCUUAAAUUGUGAACAUGUGAAUUGUCCAAAAGAAAUCUUUGCUUUUUCAGUAAUUUUUACUCUUUUUUGUGCACAUGUCGAUUUCUUAAUGGUAAAUGCUUUGUUUAAGAUAGUGUUCUCUGUUGAGAAUAUUUUCAUGGAAUAAAACAAUCUUUUCAUGGUCA